GCUAAAAAUCGAGUUCCAUUGUGUAAGUUUGCGUUUAACAACAAACAACUAUAAUAUUCGAGAUUUUUUAACCGCGUUGCAUACUAUAGCCUGAGAUCACUUCACUGAUUGAUAAUACAAUUUAGUGCUUGGAGAUGGACCAAAGCUAAAACUUGAAAACAAAUCAUGCUAUAUUACACAUGCACCCAACUGAGGAAGAGAUGAGGUAAAAACUAAAUAUAACUCGGCAUUGAAACAAUGUAGUACUCAAUAAUUACAAUUUAUAUAUUUGAACAUUUUGUUGCACAAAAUUUCCCUUCUUCAUUUGAUGGGAUUUGUUUAGGCACGCACCUGGCUGAAGAGAAAAUUAAUAACAAUUUAAAUAUAAUGUAAUAAACAAAGUGUGAUUAAACUAGCUGACCACAUUUAUAAUACUAUACGGUAUACCCAGUAUCAGCACUCCAGUGUUAGGCCUGUUGAUGACAUCAAGACCGAACCCUGUACUGUAGAACAAUGGCGAUAGUAGGUGUUGCCUUCCCUCUGGUGGCUCAUUGGUAAACUUGAGGUCUUAUACAGCUAAAAUCGAAAGUUCGAUCACUGUAGUGUUAUGUCGAGUUGAAAAUGUCUUCCCGACAUUGUCAGUAGUGAUACGAUGGAUUGUUUCGUCGCCUUAAGUUUCUCAUGUCGCCGAGGAAGAAAGAAGCCUAUCUCUAGAUAACGUAUGUAUACAGUUCGCUGGUUACUGAGAGUUAACCAACCUGUAGGUUCGUCGCCAGUUUCGUGACUUGUGUAGUUCUGCGAGUAAUUCCAUAUUAACUUCAACAACAUACCACUCGUGUUACGUAGGUAAACAUUCAAUACUCCAUUGUGCCCGGAGUAUCAAAGACAUCACGUGGAGGAGUGGGAUUAUGGUAGUGGAAGGGUCAGCAGUUAGUCAAAAUAUUCUUAAUCGCUUCUGUAGCGCUUCACAGCCGACUAUCAAACGGUGUCUUGCUGCAGCUUUAUUGUUUGGUGUGGUAUCCAUGGUCAUCUUGUCCUAUUAUGUGUCCAAUAACCAAUGGCAUAGUGUUAUCCGAGAACCUCCUCAACCAUCCUUCCGGUGCCACUCACAUAACAAGAGACUUAUUAAGUCAAAUAUUAGUGCCACUAAUAUCCAUACUGCAAGUGGAAAGCUACGAUUUGAUCCCAAGGUGCUUGUUUUUAUGGAAACACAGUAUUCUCGACUGGGAAAGCACAUUUGUGAAGUUCUCGAGGCUAGUCGAAUCAAGUACAAAGUGGAAGUAGCAGGGAAGAGUCUUCCUUUACUGACGAAUCAUGACAAAGGGAAAUAUGCUGUUAUUGUCUUUGAAAACUAUGAAAAAUACUUAUCAAUGAACAAAUGGAAUCGUGGUUUGCUAGACAAGUACUGUGUAGAAUACAGUGUUGGUAUCAUAGGAUUUGUUCCCUCUAAAGAAGAAACUUUCGUUGGUGCACAACUAAAAGGUUUUCCAUUGUUUAUCAGCACCAAUCUCAAAUUAAAAGACUACUACCUCAACCCUAGCUCUUCAAUCUUGAGAUUGACUCGUGCUGGAGAAGUUCACUUUGGGGCAUUACCAGCAGGUGACUGGACUAUAUUCAAAACAAAUGAUUCAUCCUAUGAAGCUUUAGCAUGGGCUAGGCCUCAGCAUUUUGUACCUAUCUCAUCUGAGGAUGUCAGUCCAUUUCUACCUGUUAUAGUUCAGGAUCAUGGACUAUUUGAUGGAAUACAUCGCGUGCUCUUUGGUAAUGGCUUCAAGUUUUGGCUGCAUAAACUUCUAUUUCUUGAUAGUGUGUCCUUCCUUUCUCAUGGAAAGCUUAGCUUUCCUCUCCGAAGAUACCUCCUUAUUGAUAUUGAUGACAUUUUUGUUGGAGAAAAAGGAACUCGCAUGAAGCCAGCAGAUGUACAGGCAUUACUACAGGCUCAGGAGCGUAUAAGCAGCAUAGUUCCUGGUUUUCAUUUUAAUCUGGGUUUCUCAGGGAAGCAUUACCAUAGAGGAACUGAGGAAGAGAAUGAAGGUGAUGAUGAACUCCUUGCUCACAGUUCCAAGUUCUGGUGGUUUUGUCACAUGUGGAGCCACACCAAGCCACAUCUGUAUGAGAACAUCUCUGACCUAGAGAUGGAGAUGAACUUGAAUCAUCAAUUUGCUCAGGAACAUGGAAUUCCUACUGAUUCAGGAUAUUCUGUUGCUCCUCAUCAUUCUGGUGUAUAUCCUGUCCACGAACAACUGUAUGAAGCUUGGAAACGUGUUUGGAAUAUUCGCGUCACUAGCACAGAAGAAUACCCUCAUCUUCAUCCUUCCAGGUUCAGGAGAGGGUUUAUUCAUAGGAACAUAAUGGUCCUACCAAGGCAGACAUGUGGCUUAUAUACACACAACUUGUUUAUGGAACGGUACCCAGGUGGUGCUGCUAGACUAGAAAGUAGUAUUCGAGGAGGAGAUCUAUUUUAUCAGUUUGUUUUUAACCCGAUUAAUGUGUUUAUGACACAUUUAUCAAAUUAUGGGAAUGACAGAUUGGCUUUGUACACCUUUGAGUCUGUCAUCAAAUUUCUUCAAUGUUGGACAAAUUUACAACUUUCAACCCUUCCUCCUCUCCAGUUGGCUGAGAAGUAUUUCCAAAUGUUUCCUGAAGAAUCUAAUCCAGUAUGGGUGAACCCUUGUCUUGAUAAACGACACCUUGCUAUUUGGUCAAGUAAAAAGUCAUGUGAUCAGCUGCCAAAAUUCCUUGUCAUCGGUCCACAAAAAACUGGUACAACAGCUCUGUAUACCUUUCUAUCAAUGCAUCCUACUAUUGUUAGUAAUUAUCCAAGUGCUGAAACUUUUGAAGAAGUGCAAUUUUUCAAUGGGAAGAACUACUUUAAAGGAUUAGAUUGGUACAUGAGUUUUUUUCCAGUGCCCAUAAACUCUACAGGUAACUAUCUAUUUGAGAAGAGUGCAACUUAUUUUGAUGGAGACCUUGUUCCACUUCGAGCUCAUGCACUUUUGCCUCAUGCCAAACUUGUGACUAUUAUGAUCAGUCCUAUUAGAAGAGCAUAUUCCUGGUAUCAGCAUAUGAGAGCUCACAAAGAUACUACAGCUCUGAAGUAUGAAUUUUAUGAAGUAGUAACAGCUAAUGACAAGGCACCGAAGAAUCUACGAGACCUGAGAAACCGCUGCUUGAAUCCAGGGUUGUAUGCUCAGCAUCUUGAAAGGUGGCUGACAUUUUACCCUCCCUCUCAGUUGAUGAUCAUUGAUGGUGAAGAACUGAAAGCUGAUCCUGUAGCAGUUAUGAACAAAUUUCAACAAUUUCUAAAGAUUACUCCAUUUGUUGACUUUACAAAUCACCUGAGGUACGAUCCCCAGAAGGGUUUUUACUGUCAGGUUACACAACAGAAUUCUACAAAAUGUCUUGGUCGAAACAAGGGGAGACACUAUCCACCAAUUGACCUGUUAGCACAGAAGUUUUUGAAAAUUUUCUACUUGUCUUCUAACAUUGCCUUGUCUAAACUUCUGACCCGUCUGAGACUUCCUAUUCCACAGUGGCUUGAAGAUGAUCUGUCAUGAUGUUAGAUAUUAAGUGGUUUUCAAAAAAUACAUCAAAGCCUUCUUGAAAUAGACACUUCAGUAUUAAAUAUAAGUUUGAAGGUAGAAGGAAGAUUGCUUAUAUAUAUAGGUAGUGUGUGCUGCCAACAUCUUUUAUCUUAGUACUAGUCUUUCAGUGGAGAGUGGCUGUGACCACAAUAUACCUAUAAACACAUGGACAUCUGCUCCUUCUGUUAUUUGGUUAAGUUUUAUCAGAAUGAAAUAUAACCCACACUUAGAAUAAUACAGAGACGAGAAAAGGGAGAACCCUACUUUCAGUGUCGGUAUUUGGCUUGCAUUGUUCUUCUAAAUGUUUUAUACUUUCAAGGAGUUGGAGAUCUGCUAACAUCUUCAAAGACAAGCUAAAUCGUACCUAAGUUACAGGAAGAGGAUUUGAGUUUUUAAAUAUAUUUAUUUGACUGAAAGUUUUACAGAAAAUAAGACUGGAGUUGCUUGAGAAAGGUAACUCUAUAUUAUCUUUGGGAAAAUGUUUUAGUAUUUCUCUCCCAUCCUAUAUUUCUGGUAUUUACCGAGACUUCCAGGGGCUGAAAAGGCUUCACUAUAUUCUUAGAAAGCAUACGUUAAUGAAAAAACAAGCUAUUGUAUAUAGUAUACACAUGUAUAAUGUAUAACAGAACAAAAAAAUGGAUUGCUGGUAGUUCAUAGACUUAAAAGGUAUAGUGAACUGAGAAGAAUGGUCAAAAGGAACACGUGUGGGUGUACACUUUGUUGUAAAAGUAUAUACUGUAGAAAUAAAAACACCAAUCUCAUUCAUCAUAUAGGGUAGAUUACUGGAAGAUGAGUAUGUUUUGUGGUAAGUCUAUUAUAACAGCACAUCACCUUUAUGUGAUAAGAUUGGUGGAUGGGAAGUGAUGGAUGAAGAGGUUGUAGUAAUUACAUACAGACUUCAUCAGAAAGAAUAUUUAUAUGAAUAAUAAUGCUCAAAUAUUAACAUAUAACUAGUUCUGGUUGUAGAGUUUCAAUUGUAUUAAUAACAGCAGACUUAUGUAAGUACUGUUUCUGUAAGGUAAUUGUUAAGUUGUAAUUGAAACAUACCAGUCAGAUGUAAGUACUGUUUCUGUAAGGUAAUUGUUAAGUUGCAAUUGAAACAUACCAGUCAGAUGUAAGUACUGUUUCUGUAAGGUAAUUGUUAAGUUGCAAUUGAAACAUACCAGUCAGAUGUAAGUACUGUUUCUGUAAGGUAAUUGUUAAGUUGUAAUUGAAACAUACCAGUCAGAUGUAAGUACUGUUUCUGUAAGGUAAUUGUUAAGUUGCAAUUGAAACAUACCAGUCAGAUGUAAGUACUGUUUCUGUAAGGUAAUUGUUAAGUUGUAAUUGAAACAUACCAGUCAUAUGUAAGUCACUUUUAUGAAUUAUCAAUACUUGCAUCCAAUAUGGUUAAUAGUAAAAUCACCAAAACCGACUUCUGUUGUUAUUUCACUGAUAUUCAUUGUCAUCAUGUUAGUUAUUAUUAAUGUAUGUGUUAUUAUUAUAGCAAAAACACAAUAAAAGCUUAAUAACACUUUUAUCAUAUCCACUUGUUUGAAAGCAUUAGGGUUAUUAUUUUUUUUAACGUAAAUUAUACAUAACGAUAUUGUGGUGGUUUUAAUGUGUUUAUUACACCAGUCAGCUGACAUCAUUUUAAUAUGUCUUAUCUAAUCAGAUUUAUUUAAAAAAAAAGAACUUUAGACCAUUUUUGACAUUUUGUUUGUUCUUGCAUUUAUAAGCAAAUUUGUAACUGUAAGAAUAAAACAAGAAACAUAGUAUACAUUCACACAGUCAUAACUGUAUCCAAGGUUUGUGUCAAGGUAAUAGAAAAUGUUUUGUAGCAUGGUGAUUUGUUGAGAGCAAUAGAAAUUUUUAAAUAUAUUUUCAGAUAUGUAAACAGAAUAGUUGAAUAACAUUUAUCAUUUUUUCCUGACUAUUUUUUAUCCUAACUUUAUUUUGCGCAAUGAAAUUAGUGGUACCACAGUAGUGUUAAAAUGUUUAAACAAUAACUACAAGAUAAAAAAAACAAUAACUUCCUUGGAAGCAUUGGACAUAAUAAAUAAGGAAGUUUUAUAAUUUAAAUAAUAGUUUUUUUUUGUUUUGUUUUUUUUAAGUAAUAAGCACUUGUAAGUUUAAUAAUAUUAUAGCCUAACCUGAAAACUUAGAAAUGAAAGAGUUAAAGUUUUGGUUGGGACCAGGAACGUACUGUGAUUUAGGAUCAGUCUUGGAAAAUGUAAGAGUCUUAAUUUUUCAUCAUAUUGUUUUCCUUUUUAAUCUUGCAUAAAAUCAUAGACUCUGAGAGGUAGGGGGUUAUAUAAAUGUAAUAUAAACAUUGUGUGACAUUGUUUUUUGCCCUAACAAACAAACACUGAGAAAAUUGGUUUGAAGAAGGAAAAAAAUAUCAGUAAAUAUUUUUGUCAUAUUUUUUUAUACCAUCCCAAUUUUUAAAAACAGCAGCUACAUUACAGUAAUUUUGAAGUAGUUUACCAACAAAAUGUAUGUUAGGUUAUGCAGUAAUGUAGCUUGUGUAACAAAACAUGCAUGUUUUUAAGCAUGCAGUAUUUUCAAAUAGUGUUGAUGAUUAUUAAACAAUUGCUGUAAUCUGGGUUUUUAUUUCUUAGCUUAGUUGGUAAUAUUAAUUAUUAUUGUGUUGAUUCUAUUUUAUACUUGACAUUUAUAAUUCCAUACAUCAGACACACGAGAUGUCUUCAUAGUUGCUACUGUCCUAGAACAUAAUUAAUUUUUAAUUUAUAUAGUUCAUUUUAAAAUGUCUUAUUUUAUUGUUGUUGUUUUUUUCAACAACAUAAAAUGGUACAUACAUUACUGUAAGGUAUUAUUUUUUUUAAUGCAAAUAGUGUAAGACAUUCCAGUUACAAAAACUAAAACAGUCACUGCCACAAGCUAAAUACAGUAGUUUCAAUGUAGGGAAACUAUACAAAGGAUUUAGUAUCUGGGAGAAUGCUCUUACAGCAAUAAGUAAUAGCAAGGUUCACUGGAUUUAUCAAGAUGUAAUAACUGAAUUAAGUAACCUUCCUUGUGUACUUUCCCCAUUUUAAAAGAUUUAUUUCUUAAACAUAUAUAUUAAUGAAUCAUUGGGAGUUGUAUUGCCCAAUAAGUUCAAAGGAAUUGAUAUGUAUUGCCAUAAGACAUCACGACAGCUUGUGAGAACUAGUUAUGGUAGUAACUUCACCAGUGUAUUUCAUUUAGAUAUAAUAGAUAGAUCACUGCUGACAAGAAAAAUGUGCUGAGCCAAACAUAUGAAGUUACCACAUUAGGGUAAAAGUAACUUUUAACUAUGUUAUUGUUUGUUGUUUUUUUUUUAAAUGGAUUGCCCAGUAUCUUAAAUAUCCUAUACCUGUGGUUCUUUGAAAAAAUUGAACAAAUAUUACAUUGUUUUAACAUUCAAUAUGAUCAGCUGUGUUCUUAUAGAUCUUCAAAUAGUUACACAACAAUGUUAGUAUUGUGCACUACAGAAAGCAAGAUGUGUGUGUGUGUGUUUUUAUAAUCUCUUAAGAAUUAAUUCUAUGGAAAAUGUGUUUAUUAUGUUCAAGGCAUAUUGGAAAGCAAGUUGUACAUUGUAGGAGAAUAACAUGUGAAGCAGGGUAUGUGCAAGUUUUCAAUAAGAUGUUAUGGGAAAACCUGUACGUGUUAUUUAAGUAAUUUUAUAGAAACUAACUGAAGUUUGUUCUUGUACAUUAUAGUUGUUGCUGAGCAUAUAAAGAAAUUUGUGUAUAAAAAUUAUUAAGAAAUAAUUCCUGUGUUGCUGCUUUCUGUGAAAGCUAGAAAGGUUAUUGAUAGUGUCAUGAAAUGUUUUGAGUAAGUUAUAUCUGCUCAUAGGUGUAGCUAGAGUUGAAUAGGAACGUUAAUACACACUAGAGACAAAUGUCAUUUAUUUUACAAUAGAGACUGGUAGUUUACAUUUCAGGGACUUAGUAAUUGUUAGAUUGUCUGAAAGAACUGGUAACUGAGGUCACUGCUAGUUUAUAUGGUCAUUGAUAACUUGGUCAACAUUUAAGACAGACUAAUAGCCUGCAUGUAUUCAAGGUCUGUGAAGCUGUUAUUGUAGAUUUCAGGUUCCUACCAAUAUUUUGAAGAACGAACAGAUUAUCUUCUUAGAAUCAUGCAGGUAACUUAGGGUUAAUAAAAUCUGUAAUUAUAUAAAACUGGCUUUGCUUUUUCUCUUUCCUUGUUUCAUAUAGCAAUAGUAAAAUUUGUAUUUUCAUUCAGAAUAUCUGGGAUUACUUGUACGUUUAAAUUUGUCUUAAACAGCAUCGGAUAUAGUUUCCUUUCCCAAGUUACGAGUCUUGAGGUAAUUAAACCUAUAAUCUAUGUAUACAGAGCAAUUCUGAAACACCAGAAAGUUUACAUUAUGCAUCCUGGCAGCUGGUUAAUAUGGUGUCUCUAGGCAUUAUUGGUACUGUUCAUGUUUUAUGUUUUUCGUUUAAAUUAAUUAGCAAAACAGAGAGAGAAGUUCAACAUCUAUUUCAAGAGUCUUUUUAAUAGGAAUUAAUCUUAUGUAUAGAUAGAGGAGUUGAAGCCUUUCUUUGCACCACCGUUACUCUUGUCAAUGGUAAAAAUAUUCAUGAAAAAAGAUUAAUUUUUAAUGGUUUCAGUUUUGUGUUAGGCUGUUUUGUUACAAUUAUUCAUAUACUUAGUGUUUUGGAUUAUUAGUGAUGAGUAAAAGACUUUGUCUAAUUAUACAGAUGUAGUUUGAAAGGUCCUCGCAGAUUUAAUAUACUUGUAUUUUGUGCACUUUUAAAGUAUGAUUAUAUGGUUUAUAAUGGAAGUUGUGAACUACAUUAGAUCCAUGUAAAGAACAAAGUACUAAACUGUGCUUAGUUUUACUAAACAUUAUCCAAAUUUGCUUAUUACUAUUUCAUGUGGAAAUUUUAAAUGUUGCAAGCCAAAAGUAUUAUAAAUAAUAAAUAUAUUUUUGGGUAUAAAUGUUUUAAGCCAAGAUAAUUACUGCUUAAUUUUGGAAAAAAUAUUUGACUUACAGGUACGAGAACAAAAGAUGUGGAUUAAAAAGGUGCAUGUGUUUUUGUUUAUGUGAUACCAUUCCAUAUAGAUGAAUUAAAAAUACAGCUAAUACAUUUGUUUGCAUUAAUAUUAAUCUUGUCAUAUUUAAAGCACUAAUUUUACAUGUGUUUGUACUAGAAGAAAUGGAAGAAAACUGAAGCCUUUCUGAAAACCUCAAAUAAGAAUAAUGUACUGUACCAUAUAUAUUGUGUAAUUGUUAUUUUAGCUGGCUCUGGUACGUAGAACUGAUUCAGGAAUUAUAAAGACUGCAGGAGUUGGUAAGAAGCUAAGAAAUUGCAUUAUGUUAAAUAUGUACAUGUAAACAAGUGAAAUGAAUGAAUUCAAAUGUCAUUUUGUUAUUAGAUGAGACAUGUACGAUAUGGAAAAAAACAAUAAAAAAGUGUGUGACAGA